CACACACACACACGCAUCUGUAUGAAUAUAUAUAUGAACGUGUGCAUCAAUCCAUACUAUUCUAUACACCAGAUGUACACACGUAUAUUCGCACAUGCACAUCUGGGUGUGUGUGGAGUUGUGAUAUCGAGAUGUAAAGAAGCCAUUGGUUCUCUGUUGACUUGGCUGACUGGGGUUGUGCUGGGGCGACGGGGUUGGCCGGGUGACAGAUGUCAACAAGUAGCUGUUCGCUUGGCCAGCAUCCCUUUCUUCCACUUCUAUCCAACCAACACUCGGAAUUCAGCAUUGCAGCCUGCACGUCUCAUAACACAUCUUCGCAAGCGUAACACGUCCUCAGAGUGACCGCCUUAUCUGGGCGAGAGGUCUUCUUCAAUCUCAUCCGUUCCGCCCUGUGUUACCUCCUUCUUCUCCUCUCUCAUCUCCUUUUCUCUUAUCUUGAAUGCCUCGAGUCCAGCCGGACGACGACCUCGAAAUCAACAUCGACCCAUCCGGCCCAAGCUCCCCAAUUUCCGAAGCGCUCCCGUUGCGGACCGACCGCCGACAUAGCAAAAACCCGUCAUUUCUCGGGCGAGAGGCUGCGCACCGCGAAAGACUCCGGCAUAAGACAGGACACAGCUUCGGGGUCGCCUGCCAUUGAGACAGCGUAGGAUAUCAGAACAAAGAUGGCAUCGGACAGCGGCCGCGACUCAGAGGUUCGCCCCAGCAUAGAGCGAGACCUCCAUGAUGACAUAGACGCCCAUGACGAUGACAGGCAUGAGGAUCUGGGGGACGGCGGCUCGGUGCUAAGUGAUAGGUCACACGAUGAUCACGACUAUAGCGAAGAAGAGUAUUUGCAGCCGGAGUACGAAUCCGACCUGCCCCACGGCACCGCUACCUCCCCCGAUGAUGUCGGCGACAAUAGCUCGCACCACGGAGCUACGGACGAGGACGUCUUCAGCGAGAAGAGCCCCAGGAGCUCGAUGGGCUCGUUCGAAAGCCGGCCGGAUUCGCGCAAGGCACGCAGGGAAACAGACAAUAUGACGAAUAUGCAUCGUCCGCCUAGGGUCUCAGACAUCUCUCAGUACGACAAGGAGGAGUUUGCCCCAGCGGCCCGAGGCACACCGCGACCGCCUUUUCGGACACCUUCGGAUGUGCGCGGUGUGCACGUGUCUUCACCGACACCUUCUGUGCUAGGCUCACCGCGGUCCAACAACAAGAAACAUUUCCCAACCGUCUCCCGCCUAGGGACACCCAACACCUCCGCGCAGUACUCGCCGAAGAGGAUGUCGACGCCUCCGCGCUUUAAGGGUCGCAAGGAGGCGCCUCUCGUCCUGCUCCACGUCACCCUCCUCCCCCUGCGGUGGGUGUGGGCCGACCUGCUCAACCACGUUGAGACGGAGGAGAUGAGCGAGCGCGCGAAGACGCUGCGAGAAUCCUGGCGAAUCUUGCAGGACCGCAUCGGCGACACCGUCAUCGAAAGGGGCAUCCUGCUGGGCCAUCCUCAGAAUGACUACGAGAUUCUCGAGGAGCGUCUGCUGGAGGCCCUGGAGCUUCCGCUCCGCCGACGAGCUCGGAUCUUGGAGUGCGGCCACUACCUCGGCCCCUCCAACGAGAUGUCUCUCGCCGACGAUGCCGAGAGCGAGGACGAGUACGGCAGUUCCGAUCAUCCCCGCUCGGACGAGCAGCGCCACUGGUGCGGGACUUGCAAGAAUGAGAUCCGGUACGAUUCGCUCGGCCCUGGCAAGGUUUUCCGAGUCAAGGUGUACGCUAGCAACGGGCUUAUGAAGGCCGGGGCAUGGGCAGCUUGCUGGAAGGAGAUGGAGCGCGUCGACGUAGAGCUCGAGCCUAUAGUCGAGCCCGACGUCCAGGAGGAGCUGGUCCGCCUCGCCGCGACACGACAGGAGCGUGACUUCGCGCACCGCGAGGAGGCCGAGAUCGCGAAGGAGGUGGCCGAGCAGCUGAAGGAGCAGCACCGGAAGGAAGAGGAGGACCUGCUGCGCGCCCACAGCAGAACUCCCGCUCGGUCGGAAGCAGAGUUUGGCCGAUCGUCCAGCUCCGCGGAGGAGCGCCGCAGGCGGGACGAGGAACGACUCCGAGAGGUAUACGGCGAGACGCCGCCCCCACAGAAAUCGGCGUCGAGAGAUCCGUCUAGCCAUCCUGGCCCGGAGUCGUACCGGCGCUCGCCCUCGCCGCCAUCACGUCCGUCGGCUCCCGAGGAACGUUACGGACGAAAGGGGCAGGCACAGAACUACGGGUACCGGAACGCUUCGUUCCCGGAGCUGCUGCAGCGGUCGGUGCGAGUCCUGAUGCAGGACCCGAAGAACGUCGUCAUCUUCGUCCUCGGCGUCUUCGUCCUCGUGCUCGCGGUGCGGCAUGCACCCGGGCCCUCUGAGCCCGUAUACGAGCCCGUGAUCCACAGGAUGAGGGACGGACCCAUCAUCCGCCGCGCCACCAUCGUGGAGACCUCGCAGGCUAGGGUCACGACCUCCGUGCCCUUCCUCGCCGAGCCCUCGGCGUCCCCCGACUACCACGAGUCUCCGGAGGCCGCCUCGUGGCAGCACAUUUCGGUCGACGACGACCCUCUCGAGGCCUCGCAGGAGCCUCCUAAGGCCGAAGAAUCCGAGACAGCUGCGCCGAGCUACGAGGAAGAACCGUCAGACGAGGUGACUGAGGAGCCCGCGACUAGCAGUGCUGCACCAGAGGUGCCCAAACCAGCCGUCGAGUUCGUAGUGGAAGAAACACCUGCUGCUCCCAGCUACGAGGCGCCGUCGGAGGCCCUCUCUCAGCCCACGCCCGCCCCAGAGGCCGCCACCGCCACGGCGGGGGUGUCUACCUUCUACGAGCCAUGCUACAUCUCGGCGGCCAUCCAGGGCCGGUUCCACGAGGGUGUGGCGCAGCUCGAGGAGACGGAGAUCCUAACGGAGAAGAAGGUCGUCCGCGUCGUCCACACGGUCACCGAGACCGAGGUCGAGACCUCCACUAUCAGGGUCACCACCACCACCGCCGCCGAGGCUGAGGCUGCUAUCACGACCCAACCUGAGCCGUCGAUUGCCGCCGUUAAGGAGGAGCUGUCCCCGGAGGAAGCUCUUCCGGUUGUCAAGGUGGAGCCAGAAUCAGAGCUCAAGUCAGAAAUCGAAGUGAACUCGGAACCCGAGCUAGAGUUGGAGUCAGAAAUUAAGGUGAACUUGGAAUCCGAGUCCAAGUCAGAAUUGGAGUUAGAGGCAGGAGAGCCUCUGGCUGCUGAGGCUGCCGCCGAGGAAGUUGCUGCAGAGUACUAAUGAUGUGGACGAAAAAGGGGGGCUAUGGCGGCGGGUACGAAUGGAAGACUCAUCUUGAUGUUUUUUGUUAUUUUUUUGCCUGUUUCCUCUGUUCCCUACAAUGAGCCAGGUUGUAUGGGCCGCAAUGGGAUGGAUCACGUUAAUGUUGGUUGACUCCCCCUCCCUGGGCCUGCCUCUCGUUUUGACAAUUCGAACACGGCUGUACAUGGUGGAGUGGACGGACAUAACUUAUCAGUCAAGAUUGCGAUAGACCGACGAUACCAGCAAAGCACCUGUGGUUGGAGAGAUGCUUGUCUUACAGAUCAGAGCCCCCUCUCAUCUGAUGAUCAUGGAUGUAAUGUUAGUUGUCUGCCAGUCUGUCUCUAGAUGGAGAUCUGGGGCUCACUUUUGCCGAUUCUACAUGGUCACUCCUACCUUAGUGAGAUAAUACCAUAUAAGGAUACAGUCAAUAUGCACUUUUAUAGUGAUAAACUUGAUUCUGUCGUGGUAAUUCACUUUACUCUUGAUGAAUACCGAAUAAAUCCCACGUAACUGGACGUCAGUAAUAAGGUGCUCUUCUUAAGGCACAGCAGCCUAGCUUUCAACAAUGAAGACUACCUCUCUAACACUCCAACAUACCGAA